UACUUAGACAACAGCUGUCAAAAAUUUAUAAGUUACAAUAGUAAUAGCUAAACAUCUAGUGACAUAUCUGAGUUAUAUUUAUUUGAUCUUAAUUUAUAACUGGAAGAAAUAUAUACCUAGGUAAAAACCACAACACAAAAAUAUAAACAUUCUAUUAUAUGUUCAUUAAGCGUACCAAGACAUGUGAAUAAACAACCAACUCGAUUUUGGAGUGAAAUUUAUUUGUCAAACCUGAUGUCCAACUGAAUAUGUUCAAGAAGAAACAAAAACUGAACCAGCCGGCAUCAAGUUCACAGGCUGAACAGAAGCUACCAGAACCCAGAACAUCACACCCUUCCUGCCCACGAAGAUGCGUGAAAUAUCUGUACGACAGGGAAAAUAAACAGUUCUGCGGCAGAACUUGUUCAAGCUGGCGAAAUAUUAUUGUAUAUUCGAUAUUUUACUUGAUCUUUCUAAGUACGUAUACAUUGAUAUUCCUCUUUGCAUCACUAUCUAUAAUUAAAGCACUGGGCACAUACGAAUCCAUCGACAAACUGGAACUGAUGACUUAUGCGGAUAAAGCUAUUGGCCUAUCUGCAACACCGACUUCAGCUAACAGCUUACCUAUUAUCAACUACCAAAGCGAUAAAGGCUACGAAAAAUAUGUUAAUGAAUUAGAAGAGUUUUUCUCCAAAAGACGGAAACGGCAGGUUGUAACUGAAAACAAUUUAGGACCAUGUGGAUCAUCUCCAUUUGGGUAUUGGAAAAAACCCUGUGUUGUCAUUCGGAUAAACAAACAAAUCGGUUGGUCGGCAAAACCACUUAUUAAUACCACCAACUUGGAUAUUCCACAGGAUGUGAAAGAAUGGAUGAAAUUGGAUCAGGAGAAGCUGUGGUUACAUUGCCAUGGAUACCAUUCUUAUGAUAGAGAGCAUAUAGGAAAAAUACUAUAUUAUCCAGAUCCUCCAGGAUUUGAGGCGAAUGCUUUCCCCCUUGAAAUGGGAGGUAAUUCACCGGUGAUUGGAGUUCAGUUUGUAGACUUUACGUUGGGUUUGUCAGUGGCGAUAGAGUGCUCGUUGUGGUACGAGGGUGGUUCUUCAUCAACAACGUUUAUUCUUUACGUAACACCUAAGCAGAAGGUAUUUUUAAAUGCUGAUAAGAUUAAAGAAUAAUGUUAAA